AUGGUGUCUUUAUCCUAUUUGACGUUUGUAAAAGCGCAUGGCUCACAAUUAGCUUUUCUGGAAGCCUUAAUGCAAGCACGGGAUGAUUUGGAGAAAAGUGACGUGACCACAAUCAUGGAAGGUGCGCGAAGGAAAGUCAAGCAAGAGAAUCUGAGCGAGAUACCCGAAGGAGGGAUCACGAUCAUUGGACGGGUGGCAAAGCCGGCCUUCUUGGAGGAAGGAGCAUCGGAUUUGCAUGGCGCAACCAAAGCACUCAAUGGAAGUGAUCCAUCUAGUACUGUGGGAUGGACAGCAUUAGCAGCCAGUGCACGGUUGAUGGGUGCCGGUUGGCGACAAGCAAACAUUCCACCAGUGAGCUCAACUUGA